GAGUCCAAUCUGGCAACCCAGAAGGAGACUAGUCGAGGAAAAUUUUGCCAACAGCAGACUACUUGGCAUUAAAGACGGCUGGCGGCAGGAGCUGCGGUAACCCCUUUCCAGAAUCUACUGUACACUUUUCGUGCCAGCACCAAAUUUUUGAUUAACUUGGUGAAGAAAGAAGAGGAAAACCUGAAUCUUUGCCUGACUGUUUGAGGAGUGAUCUGGGUUUGGUUGUUCCAACCUUCCUGCCAGUUGAAAGCCUUGUUGGCAUCUCUUGGUGGAGAAAGUCUUGGUAAAAGUCCCUUCUCUUGGAGUCCUCAGUGGAACACCAGCUCAGACAUAUUUGAACAGUUUAAAGGCUUGAGGAAGAUUUAAACGGAGCGUUUGUGGGAUCCAUAUACGCAAAAAAACAUGGCAAAGAAAAACAGCCACAAGGAUACAUCUGGUGUGGUGUUUGACACACGCUCCAAAAUGGUGAUGUCACAGGGAGGAACAGCUGAGAGGAUGAAGGAGAAGAUCAGUGCCGUCCGAGCAGUAGUCCCAAACAAAAGCAACAACGAGAUUGUGCUGGUGCUGCAGCAUUUUGAGAACUGCGUUGACAAAGCUGUUCAAGCUUUCCUAGAAGGUAGUGCAGUUGAGAUCCUGAAGGAGUGGAAUGUCACCGGCAAAAAGAAGCCCAAGAAGAAAAAGAAGCCCAAACCUCAGCCCGAGGCCACAGCGGAGCCUACUCCACCCGAGAGCACAUUGCCAGAGGAGGGCAAGGAUGAGAUGAAUGGUUUUCAUGCCAAUGGAUCCGUAAUGGAUGGAGAGUCGCUGGAUUCACUGAGCGAACAGCUGGACUCUGCUUCCUUGGACGCAGCAGAGCUGGACUCUGAACCCACUACGUCUGAGACAGCCGGUGUGGAAGCAGAAAGUCAAGGCCCGGUUCCAAGUUCUGUCUCUCAGCAAGAGGGGAGGAAUCACCAGGGUCCCAGAGGCAACAAGAGUAGACGCAGGACAGGCUCGGGUUCACAUCCCUCCUCUUCCUCAUUAGUUUCCACCACUGAUGGACAAGGAUCAACGGGAGGAAAGAAAAUAGCUUCUACCAUCGACCGCUCUGUGAAAGACCUGCAGAGGUGCACUGCCUCACUGACUCGCUACAGGAUGGUCGUCAAAGAGGAGAUGGACUCGUCAAUCAAGAGGAUGAAGCAGACGUUUGCCGAGCUCCAGAGCUGUUUAAUGGACAGAGAAGUGACUCUCUUUGGAGAAAUGGAUAAAGUGAAAGCAGAUGCCAUGAUGAUUUUGGACGCCCGGCAGAAGAGAGCAGAGGAGCUCAGACGACUGACGGACAAGUCGGCAUCCAUGUCGGAUGAGCAGUUGACUGAACUGCGAGCAGACAUCAAGCACUUUGUGAGUGAACGUAAAUAUGACGAGGAUCUUGGGAAAGCAGUAAGAUUUACAUUUGAUCUGGAACCACUGAAGACGAGCAUCUUGGGGUUUGGAUCAGUUUAUCAUCCACGUACAGGAUACUCAAAUCGGUCCCGUUGUAGCUCCACGUCCUCUUCUGUCGCCAGCCCGAGCCUGAUGGAAACUCCUCCCCCCACUCAGACCCAAAGCGUCCCCAGUGAAAACCGCCCCCCACCAAACAAACAGAUUUUCCAAGGGAACAGGCGUACUUUCCAGGGACAAGGUUUUCACUCAGGUGGUCAGCGGUAUAACGGCGGCUCCUACCACGACAGGAACGCCGGCCGCGCCAACCACCGCUACCAGGGUGAUGGCGGCCACACUUCACAGCACUCCACCAACUCCAGAGCUCCCUCUCAUUCCUCCUCAUCCUCCCACAACCAAGACCGCUUCUCUCACAAUGGGCUGCCUCAAAGGCCUCCGCGGACGCACUGCCCUUGACAGUGGAAAUCUCUGUCUCGAUCAAACCCCUCUAACUAACCCUUGCACUCCCUUCCCCGUUCCCACCCCGUGUCCUGCACACUCUCCCACUAUACUAACUCCUUUCAAUGAAGAAUAGAAUACACGUUUACAUAGUUCCAUCAGUUGAGCUGUAGUGCCACCUUCUCUACAUCAGUCCAUUCAUCCGUCAGACUUGAAAAGCUCUCGCUGGUUUGUAGUCACUCUUCUUUUUUCCAUUCCUGCCCUCCAGGUUUAGCUAACGGCUUCUAUCUUUAGCCUCCUUUGAGAAAUCUCAUCGCUACGCUAUCGUCAGCCUCUGUUGUUAAUUUUUCACAGUUGAGCAGUUUGCCAGAGAACGACAACAAUUUGUGCACCAUUGAAGUUGAACUCAUGGUACUAUUACUGUUUUUUGUUUGUUUGUUUUUUGCUGUGGCCUGUGUCAGCUCUCUGAUUCACACCUCAAUCCCCCCCCCCCCCCACACACACACACACACACCCCAGAAUCAUUUCAAUGCCUUCACCGUGGAAAGUGUAGUAAAAGUGCAACAGUAGUUUGAGCAUGACCCAGGAUUUUUGUCAUCAGGAGAGUAGACAUGCAAUCAACACUACAGAUGAUGUUAAUGUUUGCAAAGGGGGGAAACUAGAGAGAAAAGAAACAUAUCAAACUGUAAUGCAGAGCUUUUUUUAUGGCUGCUACAAACAAUAGGAAACAUUUAGAUGUGUUUUGAGAGGAAUUCUGUGAACACUUUGAAACACUUGGGAAAUGAGGUCAUUGCUGUCUGGCCGAGAGUUGGUGAUCAGAGGUGACUGCUGUCAGUCUUCUUUCCUAUGAAGCUACGGCCUGCAGCUGGUGAGCUGAAAUUCUGAGCAUCUCUCCUCAUUUUCCAGUCUUCAAGCUAAGCUCCGUGUCUCAGGCUUUAUCUCCGCGGCUGAGACACGAGCGUGGGAUCUCGUCUUUCCAUCUAACUCGCAGCAGGAACGCCAAUAAUAGCAUCUCCUGAAACGUUUUAAGUGUUCCUAUAAUACUGGCCGAGGCAGCGAUGUAUUUACCGUCCCACUGGCCAACGGGGUUUGCGCGUGCGCUGUCGUUGUUGGCUUGCUCUCUGUUAUUUGUUUUGAGAAAGAGCGCUCAUUAGCUUUUGUAGAAUCUUCUUAAAAGGAUCACGACGAACUGUCCGCAUGCAGGUUCAUCGCUCGUUUCCUUUCUUCUUUGUUGGUAAAUACAUGACGAGCUUGCCUUUGGUCACAGAGAGACAUCACAUUUGCCUUUAACUAGAAUCGUGGACGUCUGCGUCCCAGUGCUUUUGUUUAAAAAAGAAAAAAGGAAAAAAAAAAGGCACAUGUAAAGGA